GUCUGUCAGUCUGCCGUUCGCCGGGUGGUGUUUGCUAAACUUUUCAGACAAUGUUUUAGUUAAAAUUCGCAAAUGUAGUGCAAUAAUUUCAACAAUAUCUAAAUCAAUUUUAUUUCAAAAUUGUUUUUAAAUACAUACAUGUGAGUUUUCCACAUAGUUAAUAUGUUUCUAUAAAGUAUUAAGUUUCGGAUUGUUUAGCCGGUCGGCACUCACAAAUUUAAUCUUUAAUUUCUUUGUACACCAGUUACUUCUGAAGUGCACGAUGUCGAAAAAGGUAAAAGAUAAAGUACAGAAGAAGAAAGCAGUUUCGUUCGGAAAAAUCUUCUUAAUAGUUCUAUCAAUAUUGGUUGCCCUUGCAUCGUACUAUGCAUACAAAUGGUUAACAACUCCACCAGAACUUCCGCAAAUUGAUUAUAGCCAGUGGUGGGGGCCAUACGCAAAUGAUCAAGAAGAUAAUGAGGGUAUUGCUAUUGAACAAUUUCGCAUCGAAUUCAAUGAUGAUAUGGUAUACGACCUCCGUCAAAGACUACUUCAUACACGACCGCUGGCAAAACCCCUUGAAGGCUCAGGUUUUACAUACGGCAUGAACACAGACUUCCUGACACGGUUUUUGGACUUCUGGAAGAACAGCUACAGUUUCCAAGACCGGGAGAGGUAUCUGAACAAGUACGAUCAUUACAUGACAAAGAUACAGGGGUUGAAGAUACAUUUUAUGCAUGUCAAGCCUAAGAAGGAUGCGCAAAGUGCUAUGACGUUGCCUCUACUCCUGCUGCACAGCUGGCCGGGCUCCUUCUGCGACUUCUACGGCGUUAUCCCGGAGCUGAUGAAGCCGCGGGACGACCGCGACUUCACGUUCGAAGUCAUCGUGCCUAGCUUGCCGGGCGUCGGGUAUUCUGAUGGGGCGUCCCGGCCAGGCUUCGGUCCAGUAGAAGUGGCAGGAGUGAUCCACCAACUAAUGCGCCGGUUAGGUCACUCGCAAUACUACGUGCAGGGCGGCGGCGCGGGCCACGUGGUGGGCUCGGUGCUGGCCACGCUGCACCCGCGCGACGUGCUCGGCUUCCACACCAACUUCCCAGUGCUGCUGUACAGUCCAAGAGCGUAUCUUUAUGUUUUGUUUGGUUCCCUCUGGCACCGAUUGGCGGUAGACCCAGUGGUUGAGGCCAACCUCCUGUACCCGCUAAGCGACUUCGUGCCGUCCGCGCUCGAAGAAUCCGGAUUCCUGCACCUUCAGGCCACCAAGCCUGAUACUAUCGGUGUCGCACUCACCGACUCCCCAGCUGGUCUGGCCGCGUACAUCCUUGAGAAAUACUCCACCUGGACCGACCGGUUGUAUAAGAAGGAAGGCGACGGCCACCUCCAGGCUUACCACCUGACCUAUCUGCUGGAUAACAUCAUGAUAUACUGGCUCACGCGCUGCAUCACGCCGAGUAUGCGACUGUAUGCUGAGGCCUUUAAUAAGCGCAGUUUGGCGCUGAGACUGGACGACAUCCCGACAACAGUUCCCACAUGGGGCCUGAAAUUCAAGAACGAGCUGAUGUUCCACCCGGACUCGGUACUGCACUGGAAGUAUACCAACUACGUCCGCAGCACCAUGGUGGAUGGCGGCGGCCAUUUUGGCGCGCUCCAAUAUCCGCAGAUACUGGCGGAUGAUGUUUAUGAAGCAGUCUCGGUGUUUAGGGAGAAAGAAGAUGUUGUGACAUCAGAACCGGUUCAAGAGAGGUCAGUUUAUGACUUCACAGUCAAAGAUCUCCAAGGGCGAGAGGUCCACCUGGACAAGUACAAAGGAUACGUCCUUCUGAUCGUCAACGUGGCGUCCCAGUGCGGUCUCACAGACAAAAACUACAAGCAACUCAAUGAACUGCAUGAGCAGUACGAAUCCAGAGGCCUACGUAUACUGGCCUUCCCCUGCAACCAGUUCGGAGGCCAGGAACCAGGGACCCACAACGAUAUCUUCAAAUUCGCAGCGAACAGAGGCGUCAAAUUCGACCUAUUUGAAAAAAUCGACGUAAACGGUGACAAUGCGCACCCUCUAUGGAAAUUCCUUAAGACAGUCCAGAGCGGAACUAUGGGAGACUUCAUCAAAUGGAACUUCUCCAAGUUUAUUGUGAACAAGAUUGGGGUGCCGGUAGCGAGGUUCGGACCAAAUACGGACCCGGUGGAAUUGGUGCCGUAUUUGGAAAAGGAGUUAUGAUACUCGGUCGUGUACUUUGCAGUUCACGGAAGAUACUUUUUAGUGGGGCCAGAUAACCAGCCGAUUGGCGAGUCAGGCUAAGAACUCACGGCAGGAUUUGCACCCGCGGCCGCCGCGGUUGUGGAAUGAGGGCUAUCGUUUUUAUACUUAACAGUUGGCACCCCUGGCGAUUGACAGGACCUUACUCUACAGUAGCGCCAUCUUGAUGAGUGCAAAUGCGAUAGUCCUCCUACCACUUUAGCGCUCACCAGUUGGUGCCACUGUCUUCGCUACUAGCAAGUGACAGGACCUUACUCUACAGUGGCGAUAACUGGUGAGCGCUAAAACGAUAGCCCUCAUUUAUCGCAGCGU